AGUACCUUUAAUCUUUAUUCCAUACUGUAGUUUCGUCACGAAAACUGUGCCGGAAUAUUAUCCAUUUUAGUUUGAAAGGAGAAUUUUGAAUUUUUUUCUUCUCAUUGUUUUAUCAGUUAUCUGAAAGUAUUCUUUGUGUCAACAUCCCAGUACAUAAUCAUGGCGAAAGUACAUGAAUUCAAAGUAACUAUGACUUGCGAAGGUUGUUCUGGCGCUGUUGAAAGAGUAUUGGGGAAACUUAAAGGUCAGGGAGUCGAGAAAAUUGAUAUUAACUUGGAGAAUCAGACUGUGAAAGUUGAAACUUCUCUACCAGCUGAAGUUAUACUAGACGUUAUCAAGAAAACUGGAAAAGAAACUGUAUAUGUAUCAAGUUCUUGAAUAUCAUAUUAUAUUUUUUAUACAUAUAUAAAUAUACA